UCGACUAUAAAAUUGCUUUCCCGUACAAAAUUGCCUGGUCCCUCGGCCAUGAAUGCCGCCCGGGUGUUAGCCGUGGCGCUGUUUUGGGCCGCCCUGACGGUCACGGGGGAUUUUAACGUAUAUUGGAACGCUCCUUCCAUUAUGUGCAGCGAGAACUUCGGCGUUAACGUCACUCGAUGGCUGUCGGCGGCAAAUGUUUUAGUUAAUCGAGGCGAACGCUUCAACGGAGAUAAAAUCGUUCUGUUUUACGAGAGUCAAUUAGGAAAAUAUCCUUACAUUCAUCCGAUUUUCGGUGACGUCAACGGUGGAUUGUUACGGAAUGCGGACUUUUCGGAACACGCGAAAGCUUCGAGAGAAAGUAUCGAAAAGGUUAUUCCAAAUAGAAAUUUUCGAGGAAUCGCCGUCAUCGAUUGGGAAUCGUGGAGACCCAUUUGGGAAACUAAUUGGCUCGACAUGACCGUAUACAGAAAUAAAUCGAUAGAACUGGAGAAGGAAAAACAUCCCGGUUGGAAACUUCGGGACGUCCGGCGAAUGGCUAAAACAAGUUGGGAAAAAUAUGCUAAAAAAUGGAUGCUGAACACUUUGAAGCUGGCUCAAAGUAUGAGACCUCACGCUCGAUGGUGUUACUAUAACUUUCCCGAUUGUUAUCACGGCGUCGGCGAAAAUCGAUCUUUCCCGUAUUUGUGCAGCGUUGGCACGCGGAAAUCAAAUAAUAAAUUGUCGUGGUUGUGGGAUCAGUCGAGCGCCAUAUGUCCUUCGAUAUACGUACGAAAAUAUCACGUGGAAGAGCACGACACGCUUCGAAGAUCGUGGUGGACGUAUUCGCGACUUCGAGAAGCUAUGAGAGUGUCGCGUAAUGCACCCAUUUAUUCUUAUAUUAAUUACAUUUUUCCGGGAACGAACGAAACUCUCCCAAAAGAGGAUUUCAAACGCCUGCUCGGACAAAUCGCAUCGCUGGGUCUGGACGGCGCCAUUAUCUGGAGCUCUUCGUUUAACAUGUUAAGCAGAGAAUUGUGUCAACGGAUGUUAAAGUACGUGAAAGAGACGGUAAUUCCCGCAGUUUCCAUCGUCUCGUGGAAUGUCAAUCGUUGUAGCCAAACCAUGUGCAAAGGAAGAGGAAAUUGCCUGUGGCGAGAGGAUCUUUUCACUUCGUGGAAACGUCUGAGUGACAAAAAGAUACAAACUUUCGAUCGUAAUAAAGUCGUCUGCAAAUGCAGAGCGUUUUCGGGACGUUAUUGCUAAUAUUAACUUUAAAAAACUAAAGUAAUAUUUCAAGUUUUUGUGGCGGAUAAUUUUUCUUUAUAAUUUACUAUACAACGGGCGUUGUAAUUCAAAUUAUAUGAAAAGCGCGAAAUAUUUAUUGGCUUCGUAACAUAAUAUUAAAUAG